UUAUUUCGUUCGCGGACACGAUACAACGCCUCAAACUCCUUGUUCGAGGAGACGCGAGGCCGCCCUGACAACAGAGCCAUCUACCCAUUCCUUCUCUGUCCUCAUUACCGGUCGGCAACCCUUAACAAACACGGCCCUUUGUUUUAGUUACAGCUGACCCUUUAGUCUCCCAUUGUCUAUUCAUUUCUGCUGUACACCCCUCACCAUGGCGGCGAGUGCGAAGCGAAAGCAAGAGGAGAAACACCUGAAGAUGCUUAGAGAAAUGACGAGUUUGCCUCCCAACAGAAAGUGCUUUGACUGCGACCAACGCGGCCCAACCUAUGCCAACAUGACCGUAGGCUCAUUCGUAUGUACCUCCUGCUCUGGCAUCCUACGAGGACUUAAUCCACCCCACAGAGUCAAGUCCAUCUCUAUGACGACCUUCACACAACAGGAAAUCGAGUUCCUACAGAAACAUGGCAAUGAGUUAUGUAAACAGAUCUGGCUAGGCCUUUUUGAUGAAAGAACCUCAUCAGUACCAGACUUCAGAGAGCCACAGAAAGUUAAGGAGUUCCUUCAAGAUAAAUAUGAGAAAAAGAGAUGGUACGUACCUCCUGAGCAGGCCAAAGUAGUGGCUUCACACCAUGCAUCCAUCUCUGGCUCCUCAAACAGCAGCACCAGCAGCACCCCGGAGGUUAGACCACUCAAAUCACUGCUGGGAGAGUCAGCGCCCUCGCUACACCUUACCAAGAACACCCCACCCAAUCAGUCUCCAGUGGUUAGCCGUGGACAAUCCCAUCAACAGCAGUUCCAUGACAAGAAGUUUGACCUCCUCAGUGACUUGGGUGGAGACAUCUUUGCUGCCCCACCCAACAUGAAUGCUGGCGCCAACUCCAGUUUUGCUAACUUUGCACAUUUCAACAGCCACACAACACCACAGAAUGCCAGUGCAAAUACAGACUUUGCAAAUUUUGAUACAUUUGGAGCUUCUACUGGGCCAACAGGUGGUUUCCCCUCUGCUACCCCAGCCCCAUUUCAAGCUUCAAAUACAGCGUUCACUGUGCUCUCAUCCAGCCGCAGUAUGGGUGAGUUUGCCACUGCUCUGCCUCUCCAGGGUGCACACAGUAGCGCCUCAGGGGGACUAGCAAAUGCCAAUUUUGCAAAUUUUGACAACUUCCCCAAAUCGUGUAGUGCUGACUUUGGAUCCUUCAGUUCCUCCUCCCAGAGUAACUCCACAGGAGCUGGCAGAGAUGCUGUACAGAGUACUAGCGUCCCUGCCGAUAGAUACGCAGCCCUGGCUGACCUGGAUAACAUGUUUAGCUCUGCCAAUACAGAGCAAGGAGGGGGUAUUUCUGGCAGUGCAAGCGCAGCCACAGCAGCGGCAGGAGUGGGUGGCUUGCCACAGAACCAGCCAACAGUGCCAGCAGGGGGGGACCGCUAUGCUGCUCUGGCUGAGCUUGAUACUGUCUUCAGCUCAUCAGCUCCUGCUACUAGUGUUUACAACACCACCAGCACCUCACACGGGGGUAUGUUUGGCUCUGAGGCUGGGGUGUCAACAGUGCAAGCACAACAGGCUCUGCCUGGCAUGGCACAAUGUUUUGGAGGUCAGUCAACUAAUCCGUUUGUAGCUCCUGGAGUCGGACCAGCGGCACCUCCAACUAACCCAUUUCAGAGCAAUGGCAGAGCAGCAAAUGCAGCUGCAGCAGGCUUGAUGAGGGUUCUUCACGGGCAGGGUAUUCCUCUCCCCUUUGCCACAUUUGCCACAGCCUCCAUGAGUAUGCCAGCUGGAUUUGGAAAUAAUGCAGCCUACAACCUCCCCACCAGUUUUAGUGGAACUUUCCAGCCACCCUUUCCUGGCCAGGCUCCUUUUCCUCAGCCUCCAGCGUAUCCUCAGCAACCCAACGGUGGAGGAUUUUCAGGUUUUGGCCAGGCAAAGCCUGUUGUGACUCCCUUUGGGCAGACAAUGGCUGGACCUAUGGUUUCCAGUAACCCUUUCCUGGGUACAGGUCCACCUGCACAGUAUCCAGCAGGAGGCUCAUCAACAAAUCCCUUCUUAUAGCGAUCCAUCCAGUCACCUCCACUACAGGGUCAACAACUGGCGCGCUUGCACCUAUUGCACUGUUUUGUUUCACAAGUAGCUUUAAAACCACAAUGUUUGUAAGGAUUUGUAUUUUCUAUCGCAAUUUGUCACAAAUGGAAUGAUGUGAGAGACAGUCAUGGUGACAUUGUCUAUGGCUACAAAACAAAGUGAUGGUGUGUGCAGAGGGAGAGGUUGAUCCCCUCCUAUUUAACCUGUGAACUUGGCCUCUACUGAGCCACACUGUAUAAUCAAACUGGCUGAAAACUAAGUUAUUUGCAUACAGUAUAUCCCAUUCAUUAUGCUGCAACUCUGUACAUAUUUUUCUUUGAGGACGUUAGCUCUUUGUGCAUAUCAGUAUUUGUAUCUAAACACAAGAUUUGUUAAGACAGAACUUUUGCUUGGAAAAGCUGAAGGGCACUGCCAGUUACUGUAUUUGUAAAGAACCAAACCAUUUAUUUGUGCAGGAUCCUUUUAGUUAAGCUAUGCUCAUUUAAGAAAAGAAAGCUUUUUCUGGUGGUGACCUGACACAGGUCACAAUGCUUUUGAACUAUGGUCAAACACAUUCAAAUGGGAAACGGGAAUGACUGAUCAACUGAAACCACUUCCAUUGGGUAUUAGAGAAUUUUAAGUUAAUGUGUAAAUAUAUACAGUAUAUAUAUUAAAAUGAAUUUUAAGUAAGAAGAAAAGAUUGAACUGUUCAUUUACAUUGAUGUUUGAAAUCUUGUAUUUUUGUUUUGUAUAAAAAGAUUUUUAUUCAUGG